AUGUGGAACCGUCUCUCGCCGACCAAUUCCAAUAGACUGUUGCACGAUAAUGGUAAAGAUUAUUGCAAUAACCCACUCAAGAUCAGUCAUAACAGUAAGUCCCCGGAUAAGGCGAGACCGCCCAAACCGACCAAAGCGAGCUCGCAGCCGGCCCGAUCCCAUCCAACGCCAUCUACCAGAAAACCCUCCCCAACUACUAAUAACACCAAACCAACCUCUGCUACUACUACUACUACUACUACCACCAUCAACAUCACGUCCACCAACAUCACCUCUUCUUUCUCUACUAAUUCUACUACUACUACUACUACUUCUGCUACCACUGCUUUUGCUAGCGCUGCUACCACCACAGCUGGCGCGGCUAGAAUUUCAUCUCUUUCUUCUAACUCUUCUAUCACCACCACCACCACCACUACCAAAACCACCACCACCAAAAUUAAACCCACCUCCAACACCACCACCACCAAGGGCACCACUGCUAGCAAUAAGCUUAACAAGAUCCUGUCCAUCGAUAUGGAAAUUCGAAUACAGCAUAAGUGUAUUUCAGCAUAG